AGGGACCUUUCCAAUCGUAAUCAGUCUCAUCGUCCUGUUGUAGGUAUGUUCCUUGUCUUCUUACUGCCUCUUCCCAUCUCUAAAUACAGUACAGAAAACCUCCCGUGUUUCAAUAGAUCCAGAAAUAGCAGUCCAUUGCUGUGUGCAAGAUAGAGUGGGGAGUUCUUUGCUUAGGCACAUUUUGGUGGGAUUCCUAAAGAAUCUUGUCUUUUUUUUUUUUUUCUUGAAGAAAAUUAUAACUGUAAGCAGAAACUUCCUUUUGAGUUCAACAUUUCCUGGACAUUUUCUUCUUCUUUUCUUAGGCCCAUUUAUUUUGGAGGAUGACAUUGUGUCUGUGACUAAGCAACACUAAGCUUUUUAAUAUCUACUGAAAGUGCUGCCACCGACAUGAAGCUACGUAAUACUUUUUCUUCCCAAGUCUCAGUUGUUGUAGCUUCUUUAAUUCUAAAGAUCAAACCAAGUUUUCUGGGUAAAAUGGAGGGACACAGUUAUGCCGAAAUCCCACUUCUGUGGAUAAAUUUUCCCCAUCUGUUACAAAACAGUGACUCUGGAAUCUAUUUUCUAGAAGCUAAAGAGAAUUAACUUUUAAGUUUGAAUUAUUUUAAAGUCUUGAGCUGUAAUUCCUCAUUAGUGACUAAUAUCACACAUUGCAUUUGCUGAUAUAGUAAAAUGUAUUAGAGCUACAAGUUCAGGGAAUAGCUUUCUCCUAAGGACAAAAAAGAUAAGAGCUUUAACAGUAAGCAGCCAGAUUUUGCCAGUGUGUAUCACCAGAGAACACCCGGCGGUCUAGCCUUGAGAUGCUUUAGAAUGAGCGUGAGUAGCAGAUGGAGUUUCCAAGCUGGCUUUGUUCAGAAUCUGCGCCACCACCACCUUUUGGCUCAGUUUUACAUAUGAAGUACAGUUUGGGUUGUGAUUUAAGUAUUUGGUAGGAAGGGGAGAAUUUUGAACAACCAGACAGAGAAAGACUAAAUUAAUAGUUUUAACCUUACCCGCAAGGCAAACUUGAAUGAAUUUGACAUAUCUACUUAGAAGGUUUUACUUUUUGUUUUGUUUUGUUUGGUAACUUGUCAGCUUAGUCAUAAUACUAUACAUUAAUAAAAUGAGGGUAUGUUAUCAUUUUGUGAAACCUCUGUUGUUCCCCCCACAGUUUUGGUGCUUUUACUUGAGAAACACUAGCUGAUGGUAGCAGUGCUUUAUAACCUACUGACAGUUACCCUCUUUGAGUAAUUACUUUCUUUUAAUAAAAAGUUGAAGAGAUUAAAAUAGAAACCACAGAUGUUUUCAGCCAUAGUGAAGGAGGUGUACCAGUUUUAAAGGAUUAAAAGGAAGUGGCUCUUUACCCAUGUGACCUUUUGUUACUGACAGUGUAUGUAUGGCUUGCGCUAAUUUUUGUAAUGUUGAGUGAGGUAAUUCUUCAACAUCAGAUUCUAUUUGUUUGGAACAUCAGCUUCCCACUAUUAUAAAAAUCACCUACCCCUAGACAUAGUAGGUGAACAUAUUUUUGCUAAAAACUGUCUCUUUGGUGGAUACUCUAUAGCAGAAUAUCUUUAUCUUUUCUAUUGAUUAAAAAAUAAUUCAAAAAAGUAAUAAUUCAGAAUAUUUUAAAAAAUAAGGUAAGCCAGGAUAAGUAAUCAGGUUUGUUUUGUUUUUCUUCUAAAAAUAAAUCUCAACUGAAAAAGAAACUUUGAAAGUUUCUAUAAUAUGUGUUUGCUCACCUUUACUCCAUAAGAUUUCCAUAUCAUGUAAUUCUGUCUAUGGAUCUACUUUUUUUCCACCUAUUUCACAUGUUUGCCCAUGAAUUCUCUGUGUAGGUGUGUAAAGUUAAUUUCUUUCCAAGUUCUGUUGAAAAUCUGUUGAAGUUGACACAUUGCUUUAUGUAUUGUGAGAGAAUUAAAGCAACCAGCAAAUCUUUUUGAUGUCCAAACUACAGGAACGUUCCCCCACUUUGACUCUACCAGUUCCUGCUCUUAAAGAUGGCAAAGGAGUGGAGACUAUAACCCUGCAUGCUGUGUGGUUUGCAUUGUUAACCCAAGGUUUGCUUGUCUGUUUCCUAAUUCAAACAGAGCGUCAGAAGCCAUGAUGCAUGUAGUGUGUGUGUACUGCAGCUGGAGUGGGCCCCAGACCAGAGAAAAGCGGUAAAGAAACUACCUCACUGGGAAUGUCAUCAUUACCAACUUCAGAUGGAUUUAACCAUCAAGCCCAUCCUUCAGGACAGAGUCCUGAGAUUGGUAAUCCUUCACGUCUUGCUCACUCUGUCUCUGCUUCAGUCUGCCCUGUUGAGCCCAGCGACCCAGACAGCAUUGAACCUAAAGCUCUGAAGGCUUUGAAGGCUUCAGCUGAAUUCCAGGUAACCUGUGAAAAGAAAGAACAUCUUCCUCUACAGGAUCUUUCUGAUUGUGUUUCUUCAGCAGACAGUGCUCCAGCAGACCAGAGGCCAGCUAUGCCUUUGCAGAAUUCACUCGAAGAAGCCAUUGUUGCAGGUAAUCUAGAGAAAUCUGCUGAAAGAAGCACCCAGGGCCUCACAUCUCAUCUCCACACCAGACGGGAAGUUAGUUUAUCUGUCACUGGGAUGGAAGAACCACAGAGGCUUAAAGAUGAAAAGGGUUGGCAUCCAGAAUAUCAGGACCUGAGUCAAGCGAGUGGCCUUCAGCAGCAUGAAGAACCGAGGACUGGACAGCAUGAGGUUAUACAGCAGAAUGCUCCCCAUGACCGAGCACGUCUCUGUAACACAGGGGACCUUGAACUUCUUGGAGAAAGGCAACAGGAUCAACAAAGAAGUAUUGGUUCGGAAGCUACAAUGGAAGGAGACAGGCUAGAGCAGACUGUGGACCUUUCGGGUACAGAGAAAAAUAUUCUACCUUCAGGGUGCUUUGGCUGCUCAAGUUCAGAAACACUUAUGGAAGUAGAUAUAGUUGAACAGUCCCUAGCUGCUGUGCUUAAUUCAGCAGGUGGUCAGAAUACCAGUGUCAAGAACAUCGGUGCAUCUGAUCUCACCUUAGAUAAUCCCUUGAUGGAAGUAGAAACAUCAAAAUGUAACCCUUCCUCUGAAAUUUUGAGUAAUUCCAUUUCCACUCAGGAUUUACAGCUUCCAGAAAGUAAUGUUGAAAUGUCUGGAACAAGUAAAGAAUACGGGAGUUGCCCCUCCUCUUUAGUAAGCCUCUGUGGCAGUUGUCAGCCAUCCAUAGAGUCCACAGAGGAAUCUUGCUCAUCUGUAACGGCAGCCUUGAAGGAACUUCAUGAACUUUUGGUCAUUAGUAGUAAACCAGCUUCAGAAAACACAUCAGAAGAAGUUAUCUGUCGAUCAGAGACGGUAACUGAGGGCCAAACAGGUAUUAAGGACCUUUCUGAGAGAUGGACCCAAAAUGAGCAUCUUACAGCUACCCAGAGUGAACACUGUUCACAGGUCUCCUUUCAUCAGGCCACAUCUGUAACAAUGAAGACAGAAGAAUUAACAUACACUUCAACUGACGCUGGAGUAGAAGAUGAAGAAAAUAUUAACUUCAGGGGUCCAGGUGAUGGCGUAUUAACUGAUAGGGAAGGUGUCCCCAAGUCUAAGGAGUCAGUAAAUGAGAGCAGUUCUGUCACUGUAGCCUCAGCUGAAACGUCCAGUCAACUACAUUGCACCUUUGGUGCAGAAAUUUCACCCAGACUUUUAGCAGGUGAGGAGGAUGCACUCAAUCAGACUUCUGAGCACACUGAGUCCUUGUCAUCCAGUUUCAUAUUGGUUAAAGAUUUGGGCCAGGGCACACAGAAUCCAGUGACAGACAGGCCUGAGACUAGAGAAAAUGUCUGUUCUGAAGCUGCAGGGCCACUUCUAGAAUUUGUACCACCUACCAGCCAGCCAUCAUCAAGUCCCUCCUUUCUUGCACCAUUAAUUUUUCCUGCUGCGGACAUUGACCGGAUUCUCCGUGCCGGCUUUACUUUGCAGGAAGCUCUUGGGGCUUUGCAUCGAGUUGGUGGAAAUGCAGACCUUGCACUUCUUGUUUUGCUAGCAAAGAACAUUGUAGUUCCUACAUAACCAUGGAAAAGUGGGCUAGACCAUACUCCAUUCCCUUACAAAAAGCUAUAUAUCUACACAUACACACUCACCACAUAUACAGUAUAUGUAGAAACCUGCAAGCAGAAUGUUGAGCCAGAUUUUUUUUAAAGAUUUUUUUCGGCCAAAGUAAUUUAUGAUCUCUUGUCUGAUGAAUUUGUCUAUUCUAUUUGUUGAAAUUUGGGCCUUUUUAAAUGUAUUGGCAGUAUGUGCAUACAGGAGCUUUUUAUUAACAUUAAGAUGAUGUAUUCUGGAAUGAAAUUGGUGGUUUUGUGUAUA